AUGUCUUCACCAAACAAAAGACUCCAGCAUUACAACAUGCUUGGAGUUCGCCCAGAUGCGACUUCUGCUGACGUCAAGAAGGCAUACCAUCGAAUGGCUCGCCUGAGGCAUCCCGACAAGCAUGGCAACUCUGCCGCUGCCACAGCGGACUUUCAGGAGCUGCAACAAGCCUACGAGAUUCUCUCUGACCCCAAAGCAAGGCAUACUUACGACCAGACCAUCGCCACCAAGCUGUCGAGGACAGAGCAGGCGCGGCGCAGGUAUGCCGAGCUCCUUGAUCGCGUACAACGGGAUUCGGCAAGGGUACAGCCCACUGUCGACUACAAACGGCGGCUCUUUGAAGCGUUCACCUUUCGGCUGAAACAAAAGCAACGGGCCUACGAUGUUGCACAACGGCGUAUUAUCGACGCGAAGGCUUUUGUUGUCAUCAGCGAUGAUGACAGCGACGAGCCAGCCCAAUCUCCUCAAAGUGAUACCCAACAUGCUUCGACAGGCGAGAUGCCCCCUCAAACUGUCCAAGACCUCGAUCUUGCCAAGCAAGACCACCAAAAGGCGACUGCGGACAUGCGAGACGCCGAAACCAACUGGAAAAGACUGAAGGAGGAGGUGGACGUCCUUUUGGACAAGGUUUGGAGCUCAGAGAAGGAAUGCGCAGAGCUGGAAAAGGAACACAACCCUCGCUGGCAGGACAGUCAAACAGCACAGAUACCAAGCCCGCUUUCUUUUCAUGGUGGUCCUCAAACUAUGUCACAAGGGCGUCCGUCACAGUAUGAAGCUUCUCAGUAUCCUCCAAACCCAUCGCCCACCACGCCGCCACCACGCUCACAUCGACAGAGGUCAUCCGAAGCCCUACCGACCUUCUCUCCUCGUCCAUCCUACAGCUCUACCAGGCCACCGCCUGGCCAGGAACAGCACUAUCAGCGGGCGAGAUCUUUUUCAUUUCAUGGAUCAAACUUCCGACACCCUCCGCCUCCCCAGCCACCUUGGCAACAUCACCAGCGGUCGAUGGCAACUCCCCACCCCUUCGGGGCGAUGGAAACUGAGAUCAAGAUACUGAGGACCUUUCUCGCGGAGAAGAACAGGAUUGUGAACAGUCUACUUCAGAAGAACCUAGCUCUGGAGGAUGAGGUCCAACGGCUGAGGCGCAUGUUGGACCAAGCGAACAACUCACCAGUGCACAAAAGUGGCGACGUGGAACCGACAACCAGGAAGAAGAGGGGAAGGCCGAGGAAUGAUACUCGCGAUUCUGCUAACACUGAUGGCAGAGGGCCUAAGGCUGCCAGGACGGGUUGA